ACUUUAAUACCCAAGGAUAGAGUAUGAUGUUAUCGCGUCUGUCUUCGUUCGGUUACUCUCAGCUGAAGCACAGGCUCGGCCUCCGGGUCAUGAGCACUGCUUCCUCUGGCGCUGCUGAGAUAAACCGUAUUAUGAAGAAGGCUCCUAUAUCUUAUGAGAAGGUGCCUUUUGUUGAUGAGGACCUUGAGCGUGUUAUGGAGGAGGUUCCUGAUUUUAGGUUUUACUACAUUGGUCGUGACGAUGGUGGUCGUAAUCCUUACAGCAGCAUUCCUAUGAAUGAGGAGAUAUAUGCUGAGGGCACUGAGGGUCGUUUUGAGGCUGUUGACAACAGCAUGAAGUUUGCCAAGUUGGAAAACGGACUACGGAUCGCAUCUGUUGACCGUGGUGGUAUGGACUCUCUUUUGGGUUUAUAUGUUGGUGCUGGUAGCAGGUACGAGGGUGCUGAUGAGCUUGGUGUUUCUUCUAUGAUAGAGAAUAUGGCAUUUCACUCAACUGCGCAUCUAUCUCACUUGCGUACUAUUAAGACAGUGGAGACCUUGGGUGGCAAUGCCAGUUGCAAUGCAUUCCGUGAGCACAUUGCUUACCAUGGUGAGUGUUUACGUCGUGACGUCCCUAUAAUGGUGAAUCUAUUGAUUGGUAAUGUACUAUUCCCUCGUUUUUUACCUUGGGAGAUGAAAGCCAGCAAGUCACGUUUGGAUGACCGACGUAAGCAGAUAAUGAGUUCUCCUGACCAGUACAUUACCGAGCUUUUACACUCUGUUGCUUGGCACAACAACACUUUGGGUUUGCCUAAUUACUGUUCUGAAUCAAGUGUUUCUAAUUUCAAACCCGAGGUUAUGCGUAACUUCAUGUUACGUCACUUUGCUCCUAACAACUGCAUCAUCGUGGGUGUGAACACUGAUAUUGCUGAGCUUUCUAAAUGGGUUAUGCGUGCUUACAAUGAGUACAAUGCUAUUGAGCCAGUUGCGCGCAAUGUUGAGAAGCCUGUGUACACGGGUGGUGUGCGUUACCAUGAGGACAAUUCUCCAAUGUUGCACUUGGCAGUUGCUUAUCAGAUUCCUGGUGGCUGGGAUUCGUCUGAAUUGGUUGUUUUCACAGUUUUGCAAUCGCUUUUGGGUGGUGGCGGUGCCUUUUCCACUGGAGGUCCUGGUAAGGGUAUGCACAGCAGGUUAUUCCUGAACGUAUUAAACAAGCACGAGUUUGUGGAGUCGUGCAUGGCAUUUUCUACGGUUUACAGUGAUGCUGGUAUGUUUGGUAUGUACAUGGUUGUGGCUCCUCAGGCAUCUCGUGGUGCCAUUGAUGUGAUGUCUAAUGAGUUCCGCAACAUGCUUUCGGUGACCCCUAAGGAGUUGGAGCGUGCGAAGAACUCUUUGAAAUCGUUUUUGCACAUGUCUCUUGAGCACAAGGCUGUUCAGAUGGAGGACAUUGCACGUCAGUUGCUGUUAUGUGAUCGCGUCCUUACAGUUCCUGAGUUAGAGCGUGCCAUAGACAGCGUGACUGCCUUAGACAUUCAAAGAUGUGUCCAGAGCAUGCUUAAGGGUUCUAAGCCAUCAGUGGUAGCUCUUGGUAAUUUGGCUUUUAUGCCACAUCCUGAGGAGCUUCUAAAGCACUUCCACUUUUAAUUACCAUUGAUUAGUGGGUGUAAUACUACACACCUUAUCACUUGGUACUAAUA